GCACAGAAGCAGGCAGACGACAGACCCUGGCAUCGGCUGAGUGGGAGCAAGCAGUACAAGGAAACGUCGCCAGAUCCUUCUGGAGGAGACGAUUCAAAGGGGCGAUUACUCACGACACCAACCCGCUUGCUGAAGCUUAUCCUACCCAUGCCGUUCCGUCCCGAACAAGAUACUAUAAACGAGACCGAAGAGGAAGGCCUUAAGGAAACCGGCAAAAGGAUAGAACCUCUAGCGCUACUGGUACAUCCUCAACAGCCACUAUCUUACCUCGAACGACUUAUACAGGCCGAGAUUCCACCGUUGCAGGUCAAUGGCCGCGAAAAGCUACCCGAUAUCAUCUUUCGGGCCGAAGCCGAUCGUGAAGAAUCUCCAGGCAAAUCGGGAGACCAUGGUAAAAGCAACGUGGCAUCGUAUUCUGGGCUAGGUCGCGAAGGCCCUACAAAAGAUAAGGAGGCGAAUUGGGUUCGAUGGAGCGGCAGUACUGAAGUGGGAGACUUUAUCCGAGAUGCGGCUCGCGGGCGAGAGUUUGCGAUUAAUAUCGAGGGAUAUAGCAAGGAGCUGCGGGUAGCCGUACCCAGCUUCAAGGAUCGAACACACUACAUGAGAUUGCAGCUCCGACGCAUGUCGAGUGAGAUUGACAAAAUAUCCAAGAUCAAGUCUGAGUGCGAUCUUUUGGCGCACAAGGGAGCCCAUCGCUUGGCCCAGGGAGGAUUUGCAGCGCUGGCCAGUUGGUGGUGCGUCGUCUACUAUGUGACCUUUCACACGGAUUUCGGAUGGGAUCUGGUUGAGCCCAUUACCUACUUGGCCGGGCUGACGACUAUCAUGGGCGGGUACCUAUGGUUUCUGUUCAUCAGUCGAGAUUUGAGCUACAAGGCGGCCAUGAAUGUGACGGUUUCAAGACGGCAGCACGCGCUGUAUCAGGAGCGAGGAUUUGAUCCACAGAAGUGGGAGCAUCUGGUUCACGAGGCCAAUGCAUUGCGGCGGGAGAUUAAGGCGGUGGCAACAGAGUACGACGUUGACUGGGACGAGAUGAAGGAUCUUGGGGGACAAGAGGUUAAGAAGAUUUUGGAGAAGGAGAGGAAUGGGAAGAAGGAGAAG